CAAAAGAAAGUCUGGUGGCUUUCCUACAGCGCAUUCGGGACACCAUCCGGCAGAGUACUUGUGCAGACCCAGACAAUCAGGCAACUGAGGCAAUUAUAAAGGGUAUCUUCACCAGCCGUGCGGCCCCUGAUAUUAAAAGGAAACUGCAGAAAAAGGAGGAUUUAAUGGGAAUGUCUAUGGCUCAGAUUUUGGAGACUGCAAAUAGGGCUUAUACCCUUAGAGAGGGAGAGAAGGAAAAAAGGCAAGUAAAAAUGAUGGUAGCGGCGGUGCAGGCUGGCGGCAGAGGAAGGUCACAGAAAGGUGAAAGGGGCCGGGGAAUGAGAGGCCAUGGAGGUGGGGGCCCGGGUCCCAGGUAAAGCGCCUGGGUUGCAACCAGUGUGCCAUAUGCCAAAAGGAGGGACAUUGGAAAAAUGAGUGCCCAGAAAGGGAAGGUACCCCUAUGAUGGCAGCGGAGGAUCAAGAAUAGGGGUGUCAGGGGAGACGGACCAUCCUGCCCCCGGAACCCUGAGUAAAAAUGCAGGUGGGAAAUUCAGAAAUGGACUUUUUAGUAGACUCUGGAGCGGCACGGACCGCUGUAAAUCAACCCCUUCAGCUGCCAGUGGCAGACUCCCUCACAGUGGUGGGUGCCACAGGGAAAGGAACUAAGUGCCCAGUGUAUGCCCCAGCGGAAUGUGCUUGGGGAAACAAAACUGUAUCUCACAAGCUGGUUUACCUCCCCGAUUGUCCAAUACCCCUACUAGGACAGGACCUGCUUUGUUGCUUAGGCGCCACCCUGCAUUUCACGCAAGAUGAUAUAACUCUUACCUUACCCCCCGAGAAUGCUUGGAUAAUGACCCUUGCAGUUGAACCCUCAGCCAUGCAAGCCCCAGAGUGGAGCCAGUGGGAGGACCAGGUGUAUCCCCUUGUCUGGGCAUCAGGGGUCCCAGGGAAGGCAACCCAUCAAACCCCUGUUCAUAUUCAGCUCCUCCCAGGAAAAAGCCCAGUGCGAAUCAAACGGUAUCUGAUUAAAAGGGAAGCCAGAGAGGGACUGCAAGAGACUAUAGAUCGGUUCCUAGAGUACGGUGUACUUCGAGAAUGCCAGUCAGCUUGGAACACCCCCAUUCUGCCCGUACAAAAGCCCAAUGGCACAUAUCGGCUGGUACAGGACCUAAGGGAAGUCAAUGAGUGGGUUAAGACUCUGCACCCCCUUGUUCUAAACCCGUAUACACUGUUGGCCUCUAUAGGGGGGCAGUAUACCCAUUUCUCGCUCCUAGAUUUAAAAGAUGCUUUUUUCACGAUUCCAGUCGACACCCAAUCUCAGGAGAUAUUCUCCUUCGAGUGGGAGGACAAACGGAGGGCUAAAAAGCAGCUUUGCUGGACAGUAUUGGCCCAGGGAUUUAAAAAUUCCUCCACUCUGUUCAGCCAGGAUCUGGCCAGAGACUUGGAGGAGUGGAAUAAUUCGGACAGAGUCCUCCUCCUGCAAUAUGUAGAUGACUUGUUAAUCUUGAAAAGGAAGUUGAUGGAAGCCCCAGCCCUGGGUCUGCCGGAUUUCUCUAAGCCGUUCCAACUGUAUGUGCAUGAAAGAAAAGGGGUAGCCCUGGGAGUGCUUACUCAGUUAUUAGGUGCCUGGAAACGUCCCGUAGCCUACUUUUCCAAACAACUGGAUCAAGUUGCCAAGGGGUGGCCGGCAUGCUUGCGGGCAGUUGCAGCCACUGCCCUAGUGCUUGGGGAAGCUGAAAAACUGAUAUUGGGAAGAACUGUGAGUGUAUAUAUUCCCCAUAUGGUCCAAGCCCUGCUGGACACUAAGGGUGGUCUCUGGCUCACCCAGGCUCGGGUUGCUCGGUACCAGGUGAAACUGUUAGAGAACCCUGAAGUUACCCUGCAAACCUGUCCCUCCCUUAAUCCAGCUACCCUGCUACCAGAAACAGAAAAGCAGGAACAUGACUGUCUGGAAAACAUAGAUGCCCAAUACUCCAGCCGCCCAGAUUUAAAAGAUCAACCACUCCCAAAUGCUGAUUUGGAAUGGUAUACCAAUGGCAGUAGUGCUGUUGUAGAUGGGCAAAGGAGGGCGGGUUAUGCUGUUGUGACCCUCCAUGAUACCAUGGAAGCUGAGAGUUUACCUGCUGGGACAUCUGCCCAGCUUGCUGAACUAGUGGCCCUGACUCGUGCACUCGAGCUGGCAAAAGACAAACGGGUUAAUAUCUUUACUGACUCAAAGUAUGCUUUUGGGGUAUUGCAUGCUCACGCUGGUCCGUGGAAGCAAAGGGGAAUGCUGACAGCCCAAGGCUCCCAGGUUAAGCAUGGGUCUCAAAUUCUCCAGCUUUUAGAAGCAGUACAACUCCCCUCAGCGGUAGCGAUGAUGCAUUGCAAAGCCCAUCAAAAGGAAGAUCAAGAUGUAACCAAGGGCAAUGCCAGAGCAGACAGGGAAGCCAAGCGCGCUGUUACCCUGAAAUCACCAACAGAGGAGAAUGCCCAAAUGCAUGCCCUCAUCCCAUCAGUAGGUGAGCUUGCAGCCCCUCAGUACUCCCAUGAUGACAGAAACCUGUCUGACAGGCUCGGUCUCCAGGAAAAGGAGUGAUGGCUUUAUUCCACAGAAGGAAAAAUCCUCCUGCCCAAGGGCCCGAUCCGACCAGUGUUGCAAAAACUGCAUCAGACCACCCACGCAGGCAGAGAGGCUCUUACCCAGCUUAUGAAUAAAUAUUUUCUAACCUCUGGACUUAAACCCCUAGCAUCCCAGGUACAGGCUGAAUGUUUAAUCUGCCAAAAGAAUAACCCUCGACCAGG